AUGUUGUUGACUCUAUUGUUGGGAAUGCGCAAUUAUCUUCUUUCGAAGGACACCGCUGCGAUGCAGGAUGCAAUUGACUCGAUCAGGGCACAACUGGACUUCGAGCCUUCAGCUAUUUCGCAAGUUAAUCUUGCCCUGUACGGUUUUUCUGAAGCAGUACAGCCGUCACUUCGCCAACAGACCAUCAAACCACACUGGAUUUUUGCUCUCGAUAAUCUGAUACGUAGCGCCGUACAAGCUGCUGUUGGUAUCCUGUCUCCUGGUAUCAUUUUGUACAUCUCAAACAGUUACUGA